GUGUAGUGUUCUCGCAUUCGAGCUAAUGAGCGAGCGCUCUCAUCUCUCUUUCCUUUCCCUUGCUUGUUUAGAUCGAGCAAUGGUCGCCAUGACUGCCAUGACUAGAAGACGAUGAUCCUGGUUUGCGGGACUUCCCAGAAGUAGUAGCAGUGCUAGCAUUUCCAAGGCCACGACCACCAUUCUCGUAUCCCAGGCCGAGAGCAAGGUUAUCGUCGCCACUAUCCCCUGACGCCACUCGCCACUCUAAAGCCGACUCGUCAAGGUAACUUCUGUUUUCGAGUUUCUAAGUCAGUCAUGAGCACUGUGGUGGAUUUCCUAAGCUCGGCACCGGGAUGGAACGCUGCGUGCAUGGUUGUGGCAGCGCUGGUCUUCGUUGUAUUGGUGAUGUUGGGAAGAAAAGAGAACAGGAAUUUGCCCCCAGGUCCUCCCGGCUGGCCGAUCAUCGGGAACUUAAUGCAGCUCGGUCCCCUCCCCCACAGGACAAUGGCUGGCUGGUGCCAAAAGUAUGGACCUCUCGUCUACUGCAGGCUGGGCUCCACUCCGACCAUCACCGCUAGCUCGCCUCAGAUGAUCCGGGAGCUGCUGUGGACUCAGGACGAAACUUUCGCGUCUCGGCCGAGAACUACUGCGGGAAAGCUCAUGGCAUACCACGACCAGGACGUCGGGCUGGCCCCUUAUGAUGCUCACUGGAAGCUCAUGAGGAGGAUUUGCGUGGAGAACUUGCUGACGACACGAAGGAUGGAAGGGUUCCAGAAGAGCCGGGCCGAGGAAGCUCGCGACCUGGUAGAGACAAUGUUGAAGGAGGCCAAGGCUGGGAACACCAUCAACAUGAGGGAGCACUUGGGAGGCUUCACCAUGAAUGUGAUAACCAGAAUGCUGAUUGGAAAGAAAUACUUUGGAACGGAGUCCACAGGUGAGAAGGAGGCCACCGAUAUUCGGGAGCUCCUACACGAGGCUGUUGCCCUCAUUGGUGUUUUCUUCAUUCCGGAUCACGUACCGCUCCUCAAGUGGAUGGAUCCCAAAGGUUAUAGGCACCAGUUUAAGAAGAUUGGGAAGCGAAUGGACGACUACUACAGCUACAUCAUCGAGGAGCACAGGACGAGGCAGGAAGUGGUCGAUGGUCCUAAGGACUUUGUGGACGUUCUUCUCGGUGAGAACAGCGAGCUCAACGACGUGGAAAUCAAAGCACUGAUACAGGAUAUGGUCGUGGGGGGCACCGAUACCGCGUCCUUCACUAUGGAGUGGUUUAUGCUCGAGAUGAUCCGGAACCCGAAAGUUAUGCGCAAAGUCCAGGAGGAGAUAGACUCGGUGCUGGAAAAGAAAGUCACCAACAAACACUUGGUGGAAGAGUCGGAUCUGGCGAGCCUCGACUACCUGAAAGCAGCUGUCAAAGAAACUUUCAGGAUGCACCCGGUUGGCGGCUUCCUCAUACCUCACGAGUCGAUCGGAGACACCAAAGUUGCCGGCUACCACGUCCCCAAAGGCUCGCUCAUCCUCAUCAACACUCACGGGCUGGGAAGGAACACCGCGGUGUGGGACAACGUCGACGAGUUCCGGCCUGAGAGGUUCCUCAGGACCGACGAUAAAGUCCACCUCCGCGACUCCGAGUACCGCGUCAUUCCAUUUGGCUCCGGCAAGCGGGCGUGCCCCGGUGCCCAACUCGGGCAGUCGAUGCUCCUCCUCGGCCUGGGACGACUUUUGCGUGGAUUCGACUGGUAUCCACCGCCGGGAAUGAGCACGGGAGACAUCGACGUUAUGGAAGCUUACGGCCUCACGACGCCGCCGAGGACUCCGUUGCGAGCAGUGGCAAAAUCUCGGCUGGAUGAGAGGUUCUACUCUCUCCAUUAAUCUCAGAUCAAGUAUAUCCUUUGUUUUGUUGGUUUUUGAUGAUUCAGAUCUGAGUUGAUUAGCAAAGGUUUUGACUGAUGACAGUCUUUCAGCAACUGGGCAAGCAUGCUUGGCUCAAGGAAGUGGUUGUGGUGGAUGGUGACAGAUUAAGAUGGCAAGGAAUAGUCAAAGCAGAUCAAGCUAACCCUUGACUUAUAGGGUGUGCAAGGACCCUUGCCAUUCCAUGGAAGGACCCUUGUGGACUCCAUCGUGGAUAUUAGGUCGCUCUGCGUCUCCUAGAUGUUGUGAGGCAUGAUUAUCGCGAAAUAUCACAGAAUUUUAACUUUAAAUUA